AUGGUCUCGUCGCCGAACGCGAAGCGUCCCGCGAAAUCCGGGAAUGCACGCACGUCAAAGCAGUUACCUCUGGCACCAUCUCAAAGAGCCCGGCCAAAUAGGCCUCCCUUCCAGUCUGCUCCGGUGCAGGCCGCUCCGCCGCGAACCAGGUCGAUAAACCCAAAGGGUCUGACGGUAUGCGCAGUCGCCGCAUUCUGCUUUUCUACAUAUGGAACCUACCUAUUCCACAAAACCGCUCCAACCUACGACGCAAAUGUGGAAUUGACCGAGCGAAUCAUGCGCAUCGGCAAGAAACGGGAGGAGCUGGUCAAGAGAGCGCGUGGAAACGUGCUAGAAGUUGCCUGCGGCACCGGGCGGAAUAUGCAAUAUUACUCCCUGGGCGAGCGACGCGGAACGGAUAAGAACGGCAAAGCCGAGAUCCUGGGAUGUAGAUCUGUCACAUUCGUUGACCAAAGCCCCCAGAUGGUGGAGAUCGCUAGAGAGAAGUUCGAAAAGAUGUAUCCGCAUUUCAGGCGGGCUGCGUUCUGGGCGCAGGAUGCUAUGGCUCCGAUCCCACCCCUGGAACAUACAACCGUAAUGCAAGGCUCAUCGCAAAGCAGUGGUAGUAGUAGCCUUGGUAACAGCAAUAACAACAAGGGCAAUGGCAACGGGAGCAAAAGCCUGCAAAUGAGAGCCCAACAACAACAACAACAAUCUUGCACGUUCGACACCGUCAUCCAGACAAUGGGUCUCUGCUCCCUCCCUGACCCCGUGUCUUACCUCAAACACCUUGGGACGCUAGUCGAGCCUGAGCGCGGGGAGAUUCUCUUGUUAGAGCACGGGCGCUCACACUACCGCUGGCUCAACAAGCUCCUGGACGAUCUCGCUGCCGCCCACGCAGACCGACAUGGGUGCUGGUGGAAUCGCGACAUAGGGGAGAUCGUGCGGCAGAGCGGGUUGGAGAUCGUAGAGUCGAAGCGGUGGCAUAUGGGUACGACGUGGAGGUUUAUUUUGCGGCGGAAGGAGGGGGCUGGGCGGGGAGAGAAGGACUUGGGCUUGGCGGAAGUAUCAGAGAGGGAGGAGAAUGGCGAUGGGGCUGCCAAAUCUGUAACGGGAUGGCUCGGCUGGGGAGCGAAGAAGUCAUGA